ACGAUACCCUACUCUGUUCAUUUGCCUUGGUAUCCAGGCUGGUUUUGGUGUUCUCGUCGCUUUCUCACCCAAUUUCUGGGUGUAUAAUGUCCUUAGAUUCUUCCAAGCGGCUGGCAACAAAUCUGUGGUACAAGUUGCCUUCAUCAUAGGUAUUGAGUUCGUUACACCAAAAUGGAGGACUGUGACCGGAAUUACCAUCCAUAUUUUCGUCGCCUUGGGCUAUAUGACUCUUGCCACCAUUACAUACUUUGUCCGCUACUGGAGGACUCUGCAAUUGCUCAUCUCUGGACCCCUGUUUCUAUUUUUCCUGCUCAUGCCUUUCAUACCAGAAUCGGCUCGUUGGCUCCUAUCUCACGGUAAUGGCGAGAAAGCUGAGAAGAUUAUUCGCAAAGUCGCUAAAGUCAAUAAAAGAAAACUUCCUGAUCCGCUCUUCACAGAAGACGAAAUACAGAAACUGGAAGUUGUCAGUAUGGUGCCGAAAGCAAGCAUCUUCGAUCUUUUCAGAACGCCCGUACUCCGCUGGAGAACCAUCAACUUUAUAUAUAACUGGAUGGUGAAUAACAUUGUGUACUAUGGCUUGACCUAUAGUAGCGGUGACCUCGGGUUCAAUGUCCACCUGAACUUCUUCCUGUCUGGAGCAGUCGAGAUCGUCGGUUACGUCUUAGCCAUCUUUACCAUCGAUUUCUUUGGUCGUCGUCCAAGUAUCGCUACUUUCCUCAUCAUUGGUGGUUGUUCUUGCCUGAUCAACAUUGGUAUACCAAUUGGUACUUGGAACACAGUAGUUGCCCUGACAGGGAAAUCGGCAAUAUCGGCUUCCUAUACCAUAGUCUACGUCUACUCUGCAGAGUGUUUCCCAACGCCAGUCAGGAGCAUUGGUAUCGGCAUUUGUUCCAUGAUGGCUCGUGUGGGGACCAUUGUCUCACCCAUGAUACUCAUCCUGGGGGACUACUAUUACCCCGCCCCUCUCAUCAUCUUCGGCACCACCGCCAUCACGGCUGGUUUCCUCUCAUUUCUCUUCCCCGAGACGCGCGGCAUGAGACUUCCGGAAACCAUCGAGGAAGGGGAGACUUUGGGAACGAAAGCAAAGGACGACAACAGUGCUGGACUUUGA